AUGGCCGACCCUACAACUGAACCGCUCGCGACCGUCACCGAGACUGAAGAGCUGCCCAGAACGAAAGAGAAGAUGGGCGAGUUGUCGCAGGCUGCCUCGAUUCACUACUCCACCAAGAACUAUGACGCUGCUGCCGAACACUACGCCGAUGCCGUCGAAAUCCAAGCUGAGCUCAACGGCGAGAUGGCGCCUGAGAACGCCGAGCUACUCUUCUACUAUGGGCGCGCGCUCUACAGGGCUGCAGUCGCUAAAAGCGAUGUGUUAGGCAAUAAAGUGGCAUCAGAGGAGAAGAAGAAAAAGCAGCCAAAGGCUAAAAAAGCGGCGAAAGCAGAGGCCGGUGAAGGGUCAAGCGCCGCGAAGGCCGAGCCUAAAGAGGAGUCUGUAGAGACGAAGCCGUACUUCCAGCUCCAAGGCGACGAGAACUGGACCGAUUCCGAGGACGAAGACGAUGACAUGCAGGACGGCGAGGAAGAGGAGGACGAUGACGACCUCGGCAACGCCUACGAGAUCUUCGAGCUAGCCCGCGUCCUGUACGAGAGGCAAUUAGAUUCGCCAGAAGGAGAUGCCUCAGACAAGGGCAAGGGCAAGGCGGAGCUGAGUCCACGGGCGCGCAUAAUCAAGGAGCGCAUCGCAGACUGCCACGGUUUCCUUGUGGAGAUCUCACUAGAGAAUGAACGCUUCCACGACGCCAUAUCAGACGCCCGUAAAGCGCUCGCUUUACAAGAAGAACUAUACCCCUUUGAGCACGAGAACGUUACAGAGGCCCACUACUCGCUUUCCCUCGCGCUGGAAUUCGCAUCCGUCUCCAAAGUACGAGAAGAUCAGACUGGACAAACGACCGAUGCGUCCGCCGAGCAGGAACAAGGAAAGGAAGAUGAGCAUGGCAUAAACUGGGAGCUGCGCAAGGAGGCUGCUGAACAGACUGAUCUCGCCAUACAAAGCCUUGAAGCACGGUUGAAGAAGGAAGAGGCAGCACUCAGCUCCGAUGCGCUGAAACCAGAGCAGAAGAAGGAGAAGCAAACAAUUAUUGAGGAUAAGAAGGGCAUGCUUGAAGAUCUCAAGACGCGUCUUGCAGACCUAAAGUCAGAUCCCACGAAACAGGAGUUUGAUAGCAUCGAUUCGUCGGUGUUCAAGGGAUUGCUAGGAGGGUUGUUGGGAGCAGAUGCAGCAACACAGAAGGCGAAGCUUGCGGAGGCUACUAAGAGCGCGAAUGAUGUCUCCGGCAUGGUGAAGAAGAAGGUCAAGGCACCUGCACCGGUAGUAUCAGGGUCAAAUGACGCUAGUAGUAGCAAGAGGAAAUUGGAAGUUGAUGAUGGUGGUGCGGAUGGCAAACGAGCAAAGACUGAGGAGCCCGUGUAA